UUCAUAAAACCACUGUGUUGUUUACUAAGUUUUAUUAUAUUGUAAUUAAUAUAGCAGAUAUGUGAAAUAGCCUUUAUAAAACACGUUACCAUAUAUUGGUUAUUAUAUAUCAAAGUUAAUGAUUGAGUUGAGCAGAUAAAAUCAUUGCCAUUUUGAAAAUUAGUUAGGCGCACACCGGGCAACUACGUGGGGUCUUGUUGCGUAGUCAGUCGUCGUUACCAUGGAAACCCUGCUACAAAUGUUGUGCUGUGCGACGCUAAAGCCGAUCUCAUUGAGUUAAACUGACGAAAUACAACAGUUUCAAACGGGCUAAGUGUUUGUUAUUGUCCACCCCUUAUAUCAAAGCUAUAAAUGUCACCAAACAAAGAUAUGAAAUUUCCACCUCUAACACCGUCACAAAAAACAAGACUUACAUAUGAAUACAAUCUACAAAGUUACACAGCCCAGACAUCAGAGGAAGGACAUGAAGAGGAAAGUGCUGGUGGUGUAUCUGUCCAACCAUGUGCAACGAGAAAGUGCUGGACAGGAGGCAGUUACUUUUAUGCAGGCCCAAACAGAAAGCCACAACUUCUGAUGCAGCUGGAGAACUAUGUGAGCAAGGAGCUUCAUACUAUCGACCCACAUGAGCCAAAAUUUCAGGAGCUGAAACUUCAGGUCUACCGCAAUGCAUUUGAAUGUUUCAUCACUGCCUUCAAAACUUACCAACCCCUUCUGUCUGCCAUUAAAAAGGAAUAUGAAAACACCUUUGUUCAUCAGGGAGAACAAAUCAAAAAGCUGGAACCACUGCAGUCCCAUCUGAGGCUGGUGACAGAGGAAUGUGACAGAAAGAUUCAAGCUCGCUGGGCAGAGGAGCAGGCUGAGAUUGCUGCCUUGAAAAUGGAGAAGCAGAAGCUAAAGGAGGAGAUUGAAGCCAUGAGAAAGAGAGAGAAGACAGUGCAGGCAGUGGUGGAUCAUCUGCAGUCAGAACUGUCUGACCAGUAUCUGCAGUACCGGGAGGAGCGUGAUGCUCGCAGGUUGCUGAUUUGGCAGCUCAAUGACAUGACAAGAAGUAGUGUGAAGGAGCAGUGUUCUGCAGACAAAAGUACAGAUUGGAAGGAUCCUGUGGAACUGCAGCUCGCUCUAAAGGUGUGUCGAGAAGACCUGAGGAAAGCCCAGGAGGAACUGAACAGGAUGAACGCAGAGUACUGGGGUGUUGUGCCCCAGUGUGACUGGGACGCCCUUGAACAGAAACACCAACGGACCGAGCUUCAGUUGAAGACACUCCAGGAUGACUUUGAUCAGUUAAAGAGUGAGUAUGACACACUGCUGGAACUCCACAAACGAGGCAGCAUGCAGGCCAAGACACACGUCUCAACCUCUGUCCAGACUGAUGAGAGUGGGUCCCAGCAGCAAAGCCACAUUCAGUCCCAGCAACAAGAGGAACCAGUCACCUCUGAUGCCCCUGAGAGCAACAUGUUCCCUGUCCAUGAGUCUAGGGAGGCCCAGAGGACAACAUAUUUUGGAGAGGAAACGGAUCCACGUUUGGCCUCAUCUCAAGGUGAAGCAGGCAACAGUGGUGAUCCCAUCUCCUCUUAGAGCCUGCGUUUAGUGGCUGGGGUCUCAAGUUUGAGCCUUGAUGUAAUUCACAACAUGUGAUCAAAAUUGUGAAGAUGCUGAAUUAAAUAUUAAAAAUUGUGACCACUGAGACCACCUGUGAGUUUUCAAGCUUUACCUUCAGUUCCUUGACAAUUCAGUGGAAAAUGUACCAUCAAAUUUUAAAACCACUUUCCUAACAGUGAGUGAAAUACUCGUAUCGUAUUUAUUCUGUAUUACAGAAGCCUGCUUAAAAAAAUACAUUCAUUUACAAUAUCCAAGUCACCAGCUCUGACGCUUCUUCUCCAGCACACCACAGCAAAGUACAUUGUGCUCACUACAACUGGCUGAUGGAAAAUCCCCAUGAUUUUACUCUCAUUUUGCUCUCUUCAUUAGGAAGUAGAGCUUGCUCAUCCUCUUUUUGGAUACAGCUUCUGUGUUGGUCUUCCAGUUCAAUCUGUUGUUGAUAUGGAUGCCUCUGUAUUUGUACUCCUCCACCACAUCAGCAUCCUAUCCCAGGAUAGACAUGGGUCAGUUGUCCUCUUUCCUCUGAAGUUGAUCACAGUCGCUCUGGUCUUAUUCACAUUUGGAAGCAGAAGAAUCCUCCCAGGCCAGUCCAGUCACCCAGUAGUGCUCUGUGCUCCUCUUCCCACCCACAAUUAAUACAACCAACAACCUCAGAAUUGUCAGAGUAUUUCUGUAGAUUGCAUUGACCACAAUUGUACUGAAAGCCUCAGGUGUACAAGGUGAGCACAAAUGGAGAUGACACAGUUCCCUUUGGAGCUCCUGUACUGUACUGUCCAGUCUCCCAAAUUGCAGUUUGUCUACAUGUAUCAGGUAAUCAUUAAUCCAGGAGAUGGUGGACAUGUUUGUUAAUAUUUCUGGUAGCUUCUGUAUGCGAACUGCAGAGGGUCACGAGAUGUUUUCAUGUUGGACAGUACUUAUCUCUCGCCAAUCUUCAUUAAAUAUGAUGUAAUGGCAAGUGGUCAGUAGGCUUUAAAUUCUUAAUAGUGUUGAGGUUUUUGGUACAGGAACUAGACAGGAUGUUUUCCCUAACACUGAUAUCAUCUCCUGUUUCAAACUUUGGCUGUAAAUGUGACUCAGGAUCACAGGCAGCUGGCUAGCACAGGUCCUCAGCACCUUGGGGUUGAUGUAAUCAGGCAGUUUUGUGUAGCCUAAUAAUGGGAGAAUUUAAGUAUUUAAACAUGUGUUACUUAUAGCUUGAGAGUAGAUAGCAACACAUGUAGUAAACUUAAUUUCUUGCAGGACCAAAACAAGGAAAGCGGUGAGGCUCAGUGACGUUGUAGCCCAUGCUCUGCAGAAAGAGAUAAGUUAAUGUGCUGCUAAUGGUAAUAUGUCCACCCCAGAUAAGCACCUUUCUCUGCCAGUUUUAUAUUUCAAAUGCUGAUAGCAUGUUUGAAAAUUUCUUUGACUGUUAAAAAAUGCUUUGCAACCUAAGGCUCAAUAAAAGAUUCCCUAAUGCCCUGAUAUUAACUGGGUUAUUAUAUAAUCUCAAGGAUUUAUUCUAAGAAAGUUCACAACCCAUAUAAGCUGCACUUCAUUUGUAAAAAUAAGUCAGUAGAUAGAUAGAUAGAUAGAUAGAUAGAUAGAUAGAUAG